AUGUGUGUAUCGCCACGCUUGUUUGCGUCUGAGUCGCUUGCUUACAAGGGAAGCCUUCCUGGCCACUCUGGUUGGGUCACCGCGAUUGCUACUUCGCAGGAGAACCCCGACCUUUUGCUUAGCGCUUCGCGCGACAACACCAUCAUUGUCUGGCAGCUCUCGCGUGACGAGACCAACUACGGCUAUCCGAAGAAGAUCCUCCACGGCCACAACCACUUUGUGUCCGACGUUGUGAUUUCUUCCGACGGCCAGUUUGCCCUUUCUUCUUCCUGGGACAAGUCCCUCCGCCUCUGGGACCUCAACACUGGCCAGACUACCCGCCGUUUUGUCGGCCACACUAGUGAUGUGCUGAGCGUCAGCUUCAGCCCCGACAACCGUCAGAUUGUGUCUGGUUCCCGCGACCGCACCAUCAAGCUCUGGAACACGCUCGGUGAUUGCAAGUUUAACAUUGUCGAGGACGGCCACACGGACUGGGUCAGCUGCGUUCGCUUCAGCCCCAAUCCGUCAAACCCCGUGAUCGUGUCGGGUGGUUGGGACCGCAUGGUCAAGGUGUGGGAGCUGAGCCGCUGCAAGCUUACGACCAACCACUUUGGCCACCAGGGCUACGUGAACACGGUGACCAUUUCUCCUGACGGCUCGCUCUGCGCUUCCGGCGGCAAGGACAGCAUUGUCAUGCUUUGGGAGCUCUCCGACGGCAAGCACCUCUACUCGCUGGAGGCAAGCGACGUUGUCAACGCCCUCGUCUUUUCUCCUAACCGCUACUGGCUCUGCGCCGCCACUGCGUCGUGCAUCAAGAUCUUUGAUCUCGAGAGCAAGUCGAUCGUGGACGAGAUCAAGCCCGAGUUCCCUGGGCUCGGCAAGAACGCUACCGAGCCCCAGUGCUUGUCCCUUGCAUGGUCGGCCGACGGCCAGACUCUCUUUGCGGGGUACAGUGACAAUAUCGUUCGCGUCUACUCUGUGAUCUAA